AUGCAGUACGCACGUCAGGGUGUUGAUGUGGCGGUGCAUUGCGAUGAGGCCCUUCUUUCCGCGGGCCUGGGGACCGGGCGGGGGCUUUGGCACUAUGGGAGUCCUGUUCUGGCCCAGCCUGGAGCGUCACCGGCCGAAGUGUGGAGUGGCUACCGUGCUAACCUGGAGAGGUUGGAUCUCCUGCUCCUCGCGCCACUUGCGUCCGGGAGGGUGCGGGCGGAUUUCUUGCGCAACCAUUGGACCUGCGCAACCAUUGGACCGGGCGCAACUCAGCAGCUGGUCAAGCGAGCCGAGAAGGUGACCGUCCAGAAUGCUUUGCGGACCUGGGCGGAGUUCGAGGGCUUCCUUCAGCAGCGGGGGCGGUCCUUUCCACCGGAGCUGUUGGACCUGGAGGUCUUCAUCACGGAGGCCACGCCCGCACCGGCUCGCUCGUUGGCAAGUUUGCGCUGGAUCUUCAACCAGGCUAAGGCGGCGGUGAUGGAGCCCAGCAUGGUCAAUCGCCUGGAGCGGCGGAUCGUCCAGAUGUUUGAGGCUGGCGAGGAACGCUGGUCUGCGCUUCUGGGCGGCUGGUUGGGGAAGCAGAAGAAGCUCCGCCAAGGGUUCAGCUUCAUAAUUCCGAGCACUUUCCUCAGCGGCUUCCCCUGGGCGGAGGUGUUCCUCGAGGCAUGGAAGGCUCUUCCGCGGGCAGCCCAGCGCACCUCCGCACGGGACGGACGACCAUGGGCGCUGUCUGAGGUGAACCUGGUUUUGCGGACCGAGUUCCACUCGUAUUUGGAGGACGCCGAUGCCUUGAGCACCUACUCCUUUCGCAGGGUGGCGCCGACACUUGGUUCCCUUCUCAAGUUCACCGGCAAGGAGCUCUGUGCCCUUGGCGACUGGCAGGACCGCAGCCAAUUGGGCGAGGAGUCUCGCAUGCCCAUGCACUACUCCGGUGCUCGCUACUUGCUGAGUUUCAAGCAGAAGUUCGUAGCCCUACAAGCGCUCAAGACGCUGCAGGACUACACUGGUUGGGAGGGUAUCCCAACGGUGCAGUUGGAGCCGUCCAAGAAAGCGGGGAGGUCUUUCCAAGCCCGGGAUGAGGUGAUCAUCUGGGCGGCCCCUCCUAACAUGGAGGAGGUCCCGCUGGAUGUGGCGAUGCAGUACUACUACCGCGCUAAGCGGCGGGGCAGGGACUUGAAUCGAGUCUCAGUCGACAACCAGGCCUGUGCAUGGGUUUUGGAGGAAAUCGAGCAGCUGGAGGUGCGGGGUGGGGCAUCUAUUCGCGAGAACCCCGCCCGGAGCCUACACUGGGCUCUGCCCCAAGAGCAACGCGAGCUCGAGCCAAGUCGCAACGGCUGCGCCACAACCCAUUCUCAUGAUCCCAAGGAGUGGGAGCCUGUGGAGUGUGCCGCCGGUCGCUUCUACCCGAGCAAGGAGGAGGCUGAGUAUACGGCCCCGUUGUGCUCUGGCGGUGCGAACGGGCAGAGCAGUAUCCACUGUGGCGGAGAUGAUUGGUUGCCGCAUGAUGUGGCCUACAUCCACCAGUCCGGGCGGAUGACGUUGGUUUGCGACUGCCCCAUGGAGGUCCCAUGCGAGGCGUCCCAGGAGAGCAGCCUUGGCGGCCUGGGGGGGAUCCCAGGUGCCCAGGCGCUUCCACGCAACUUGCAGAAGCAUUCCCAGGUUGCUGAGGAAGCUGCGCAGUUUAGGGCUCCACCGGCCCCCAACAUCGAUGGAAAGCGCGACAUUCCGGCGCUGGGCCUAGUGCAGUCAUCGCAGCCAGCGUGUUUGCGGGGCUUGCUGGAGGAGGAGAGUGGCGAGACCAACGUGGUGUCGACCGCUACCUGA